AUGACGUCUGAGCCCUUCACACUGCGCUGGGGCAUUCUAGCAACCGGUGGAAUUGCAAAAACUUUCACCAAGGACCUGCUCGUCGAUCCCUCGACCCGCGACGCCAACGACGUCCGCCAUGUCAUCGCAGCCGCCGCUUCAUCGUCCUCUGCAUCCCGCGCAACAGACUUCCUCCGCGAGGUCGGCGCUCCCGACUCAGCAAAAGCCUACGGCUCCUACCGCGAUCUGGUCAAGGAUGCUCAUGUCGACAUCAUCUACAUCGCUACGCCCCACUCCCACCACUACCAGCACACGCGCCUGGCUCUCGAAGCUGCCAAGCAUGUACUCGUUGAGAAGCCUACCACAGUCAAUUCCGAGCAGGCUCGCAUCUUAUUCGAUCUAGCCAAGGAGAAGAAGUUGUUCCUGAUGGAAGCAGUGUGGACGCGCUUCUUCCCCCUCACGCGGGAGAUUCAAGAUUUCGUUUCCGCCGGCCGACUCGGGGAGAUCAAGCGCGUGUACGCAGAUCUGAGCUUCUGGAACGACGUGGAGCGGGAGUUUGGAAAGGAGCAUAGGAUGGUCAACACGGACUUGGCUGGGGGCGCGCUGCUGGAUCUGGGAGUCUACAGCUUGACGUGGGUGUUCCUGGUGCUGUACCACCUCCAAGGCGACGCGAAGAAAAAGAAUCCAGUCGUCAAAGGCGCGAUGAGUUUAUAUGGAGAAACAGGGUGCGACGAGAUGACGUCCAUCAUCCUAGACUUCCCCGGCGCGAACGUAGGGACCAAAGAGGGAGAACAAGGCAACGGUGAUGCGCACGCAAUUGCACUGACCAACAUAAGAGUCAGCCACGAUCCCAACACCGCUCACCCAUCCGCAGACCCCGUACGAAUCCAAGGCACCCACGGCGACAUCUCAAUCGCCGCCCCCUCGUACCGCCCACUGUCCUACACCCUCAUCCCAGCGCAAAACACCAACCGCGGAAAGCUUGCAGACUUUUCGUACCAACGCAAGGACUUUGAGGUCCCGGGAGACGGGCACGGCAUGUUCUGGGAAGCUGAUGAGUGCGCGCGCUGCAUCAGGGAUGGGAAGCUGGAGAGCGAUGUAAUGGGCUGGGAGGAGAGCGAGGCGGUUAUGCAAGUCAUGGAUGAAGUGAGGAGGCAGGGUGGGUUGAAGUAUCCCGAGGCGAUUGAGAGUGUGGGGUACCCGCUUGAGGGGGUUGGGAUCUGA